CCAAUCCCAUCUUAUCCGCUCCUCAGACUCUCAACUGCCACUCUACCAAACCCCAGCAAUGGCCGCGUCAUCCAAACCGUUCAUCACCAACCAACUCCUCUUCCUGUCCAUCACAUCCUUCCUCCUCUUCUUCACACCAAUCUCAUCAGCCCCAACACCCACUCCAUGGCCUCACCAGUUCCACUCCAUCCUAUUCAUGAAUUACAGUGGGUCCCUCCAGAUCAUUGAUCUCUGGUACGACUGGCCCAACGGUCGAAAUUUCAACAUCAUUCAGAGCCAGCUCGGGACCCUCGUCUAUGACCUGGAGUGGAACAACGGCACCUCCUUCUUCUACACCUUGGACUCCUCGAAGACUUGUAGGGUGGCCCACCUCGACGUUGGGAUCCUACGGCCCAACUGGCUCGAUGGCGCCAACUACCUGGGACAGGAAUAUGUCGACGGGUUUCUUUGUAAUGUGUGGGAGAAGGUUGAGUUCAUCUGGUAUUAUGAAGAUGUGGUCACCAAGAGGCCUGUGCAUUGGGUUUUCUACACAGGAAGGUCUGCUCAUGUGAUGACAUUCGAGGUUGGUGCAGUGCUUGAGGAUGUGAAAUGGCAAGCCCCUGUGUACUGUUUUGAAAAGAAAGAUGAGUAAAAGAACCCAAGACUCCAAUCUGUAGUUGAUGAUGGAUUUCAGGAGAUCUUGUCACAGAAGAGUUCUUUCAGAACCUUACUUGGUUUUUGAAUGUGAUGUUAGUACUUCUUUGUUUUUCCUCUUUGAAUGGCUCCACUGAAUAAAUGUUAUUUUAUAAUUAUAAUAUCAUAUAAUACAUCAUGUGGUUCCACUUGUUCUGUUAAUUUAGUGAUUACUAUCAUCUUGAAUUUUA